AAAGUUCAGAAACGUCAGUAAUCAAACAAUACCGGAGAUAGAAUUGAGAAAUACUUUAUUUAUCAUUUGAGGAUAACUUUAUUAUAUUAAAAAAGCAAGAUGGGAGAGAGAUAUAAUAUACACAGUCAAUUGGAGCAUUUACAGAGUAAAUAUAUUGGUACUGGUCACGCAGAUACAACAAAAUACGAAUGGCUAACGAACCAGCAUAGAGAUUCCUGUUGCAGUUACAUGGGGCAUCCAGAUCUCCUCAGCUACUUUGCAAUCGUAGAAAAUGAAUCAAAAGCUAGAGUAAAAUUUAACUUAAUGGAAAAAAUGCUUCAACCAUGUGGACCACCUCCAGAAAAGCCAGAGGAUUAGAUACAUUUUAGGUUAGAAUUUGGUUUAAGUAAAAUUGUGGUUUGCUUUAUAAUAUUCAUUUUGAUUUAAGAAAUUAUAAUAAAGGUACUACUCAA